ACGUAGUAGGAAAAAAAGACCUUUCAUGACUCAUUGUCCAGAGUGACGUUAUCGUCACGUUUUUGUAAUGCGCAGAGCGCUUUGUCAGGAGUCAGUGUGGUGGUAGUCUGCAUGCGGGAACGGUUGGGAAUCAGUGUGCUGGUUGUCUGCAUGAAGGAACGUUUGGAAAUCGUGAUUGGACACCCUCCCACCUCCGAGUAAUCCAGGCGCAGACUGCCCACCAACAUGCUGAAGACAGUUUUCAAUUUUCUUUCGCUAACAGUUGCAUUGUCAGUCACUCAGCAGUUGGAGAACGGUGGCAAGAUAUGGGCGUUUCUUGCUGCCGGUUCCAAUGGUUACGACAACUACAGGCAUCAGGCUGAUGUGUCUCAUGCAUUCCAAAUCCUGCGCAAAAAUGGCAUCCCGGAAGAAAACAUUAUAGUUAUGAUGUAUGAUGAUGUUGCCAACAGUUCUGAGAAUCCAUGGAAGGGUGUUCUGAUCAAUGAACCAAAUGGAACGAAUGUGUAUGAAGGUGUUAAAAAGGACUAUACACGAGAUGAUGUUACUCCUGAAAAUUUCCUGAAAGUUCUCACUGGUGAUGCCGAAGGUAUGAAAGGAAUUGGAACAGGUCGUGUUAUACAAAGUGGCCCAAAUGACCACAUUUUUGUUAAUUUUGCAGACCAUGGUUCUGUAGGAUUCCUUGUUUUCCCUAAUGGGGAGCUGUAUGCUCAAGAUCUUGAGAAAGCAUUUUUGAAAUUGGUGGACAAUAAAAAAUUUUCAAAGAUGGUGGUGUAUAUAGAGGCUUGUGAAUCUGGAUCAAUGUUUGAACACUUGUUGCCUGACAACGAGAACAUUUUUGUGGUUACUGCUGCUGACCCUCACGAAUCAUCCUAUGCAUGGUGCAUGUAUGGACCACUGAAUACAUUUCUUGGUGACGUCUUCAGUGUUAAUUGGAUGCAUGAUGUUGAACAGACAAAUCUUCUACAGGCCUCAUUACAUCACAUAUUUGAGGAGGUGCGCUAUGAGACAAAUACGAGCCAUGUUGAAGAGUAUGGCGAUUUGAAUUUAGGAUCUAUGCGUGCAGCUGAUUUUAUGGGUUUCACAGACCAUCAUAAACAGCCAUCACCAUUGCCAACUGAAGGAUGUGAGCAGAUGCUUAGGGUUCCAAGUCGCCACGUGCCAUUAGCAAUCCUUCAAAGCAAGCUGGAGCGUGCACAAAAUCGGGAAGAAAGAAAUAAUAUUAAGUUUCACAUUCAUCGCGUUGUAAAGAUGCGCCGUGGCCUAGACGAAACUGUUCGAAAGGUCUUGAAGGUGGCUGCUGAAGGUGAUGUAACAAGUGUAGUGAGACUGGAAAGAACAAAGCAUUCAUUGACUAGAACAAACAUGCAUUGUUACAAACGUCUAGUUACAAAAUUCUCAGACAUGUGCUUCAAGCUCUCAGAGAAUCCAUAUGCACUUCAGCGUGUUCCUGUAUUCCUCAAUGUUUGUGAAGAACAGCACCCCUCAGAAGAAGCAGUGAUAAAUGCCAUGGAGCAUGUAUGCUCAAGUAAGAUCAAGCUGACAGGUGUUGUGUAAGGAUAGCACAUCUGUAAGGAGAUGGCCCAGGGCAGCACAUAAAUAGUAGUAUAUUAGUGCUGUUAACUAAAUUUACUUACAGAUAUGCAUGUAAUUUUUCUGAUCAGUUUUCUAUGUGUGCUUACAUCAUCCAAUUUUUGUAUCAGAGUUUCUUGGAUUGAAGUGUGAAACAUCUGAAAUAUAUUUUAUUAAUUUGUUACUAGAAAGGUGUGCUUUUUGUAUAAAGUAAUAAAAAUUCAUACUGUUGUUGGAUCAGUUACUCAA